CAGUGUUGUCGACGAGCUCAGUGGUGUUGAAGAGUCCAGUGUUGUCGACGAGCUCAGUGCUGUUGAAGAGUCCAGUGUUGUCGACGAGCUCAGUGCUGUUGAAGAGUCCAGUGUUGUCGACGAGCUCAGUGCUGUUGAAGAGUCCAGUGUUGUUGAAGAACCCACUGUUGUUUUUGGCUCAGAUGACGGCAUAGACAACGACGAGAAAGCACUACUCAGCACGCGCCAAGUCCGCGUCUACACCCAGCCGCAAACCAGCUCAGCCAGCCUCUCGUCGCGCUUUGUUCUGCCCGACUCAUUCUACCAGGAUGGCUCAUCUGACCUCAAGCUUCUCAUCAGCAUUCAGCGAGCGCGCCAGGCCGAGGCCGAGCGUGGAUUCAAAAACCGCAUAAAACAAGAAAAGGAGGAGCAAUUGAAGCACGAGCAGCUAAAGACAAAGUACCCGAAAACUGCCAUCCGAUUCAGGUUCCCCGACAUGGUCCAGGUCCAGGCCACGUUCCUUUCGUCGGAAAGAGUGUCGGAGCUGUUUGAAUUUGUGCAGGGGAUCUUGACUAUUCCACAGACGCUGAAGACGCUGGUGAUCCAGCUGCCUGUCGUGGAUCUGGUCAGUAUGCGCCAUGUGUCCCUGUUUGACGCCAAGCUCACACCCGCUGCGGUUGUCCAUGUGCGUGUGCAGAUCGGCGCCAGUGGAGGCAGCGGUAGCGUGAGAACCAGAGACUUGCUCAAGCCCAGUGUGUGGGGUAUGGCCGAGUCACUUGAUGUGCCUGCAUCUGCAGAUGAUGCUGCCGAGGAUAGGCUGCAGCAGGCGGCUGAGCCUGCCGAUGAUUGUGCAUUGGAGCAUGGCCGCACAUUGUCCUCUCCUGCGUCGAAUGCGCCGGUGCCGGCUUCUAGCACCGGAGCCAAAUCUGAAACCAGGGGCGCUGCGGGCAACACAGAUGGUCCGAAGAUGCCAAAGUGGUUUUUGGCUGGCCAAAAACGCACGUAAACAAACUUAUUUUCUACUUAAUUUGGACAUACAUGAUGCGCGGCUCUCGUGAGCGUGUGCGCAUAUGUUCUAUAGAACAAUCGACCUGCGUGUGACUUAAUAUAACUGUUUUUUUGAAAUGCACUUUUAGCAUUAAUACUAAAUAAUACAACAUAAAUGACACUAUUUGCUAAUGUUAUUUCGUUGGUG